GUCGCGGACGGUCGGGUCUUUCUGGUGGGAGUAGGGAAUUGCUUUGUGUCUUCGGUCUCUGCAGAGUAAGGAAGCCUGAGGAAGAAUGGCCAGCUCUAAUUGUCAGGACAUGGUCUGUGGGUCAGUGACAUUUAGGGAUGUGGCUGUUGACUUCUCUCAGGAGGAGUGGGCCUUCCUGGAUGCUACUCAGAGGAUCUUAUACAGGGACAUGAUGUUGGAGACCUACAGCAACCUGGUCGCAGUGGUGGGAAGUUGCAUUUCCAAGCCAGCUCUGAUCAUCUUACUAGAGCAGGAGAAAGAGCCCUGGACGGCUGUGAAGGAAGGAACAGACUGGCCGAGCCCAGAUUUGGAGUUAUGUUAUGAAGCUGAAAAUAUGUCUCCAGAAAAUCAAACCUAUGAUAUAAAUUUAUUCAAGCCGAGAAUAAAGCAAUUCAGUAAAACUUUUUAUCUCAAGGUUUGCAGUUUUACUAGUGGCCCCAACUAUAAUACAUCCAAGGGACUACAGAGUUCUCAAGAAGGCCAUGAUAAUCAAAAGAUUACUAACAAGGAAGAAAUGCCAACUUAUACCAGCCAGACUCUUGCUCACAUUACAGAAAAGGCAUAUGAGUGUAAAGAGUGUGGGAAGUGCUUCCGUUGUAGGUCAACUCUCACUCAGCAUCAGAGUGUUCACACCGGAGAGAAGCCCUAUGAGUGUAAGGAGUGUGGGAAGGCCUUCAGACUCCCCCAACAGCUCACAAGACAUCAGAAAUCUCACAGCGGUGAGAAACCUUUUGAGUGUAAUGAAUGUGGAAAGGCUUUUUAUCUUCCUGACCUGCUUAAAUAUCAUAAAGUCAUUCACACAGGUGAAAAACCUUUUGAAUGUGAAGUAUGUGGGAAGUCUUUCAAGCAUGUCUCCCACCUUGUUGAACACAGGAUUAUCCAUGCUGAUGUGAAACCAUGUGAGUGUAGUGAGUGUGGGAAAGCCUUUAAACGUCGUUCAUACCUUAUGCAACAUCAGAAAAUUCAUUCUGGUGAGAGACCCUUUCAGUGUAAGGACUGUGGGAAGACCUUCACUGUUCUGGCACAGCUCACUAGGCACCAGAGCAUUCACACUGAAAACAAAUCAUUUGAAUGUAAGCAUUGUGGGAAGAUAUUCAGCUGUGGCUCAUUCCUCUUGCGGCACCAGAGUAUUCAUACCAAUGAGAAACCCUUUGAGUGUAAUGUAUGUGGGAAGGUUUUUAGGCUGCAGGUAUACCUUUCCGAGCAUCAGAAAACUCACACUGAUGAGAGACCUUUUGAAUGUAAGUUGUGCGGGUCAGCCUUUAGACAUAAGGACCAGCUUUAUGAACAUCAGAAAACCCAUACUAAUGUGAAACCCUAUCAGUGCAAGGGAUGUGGGAACUUAUUUCGCCGAAAAUCAAGUUUUACUGAACGUCAGAGUAUUCACAGUGAAAAGAAGCACUUCAACUGUAAGGACUAUGGAAAGGUCUUUAGACUUAAUAUACAUCUCAUGCAACAUCAGAAAUCUCAAAGCGGUGAGAGACCUUUUGAGUGCAAAGAAUGUGGAAAGGCUUUUCAUCUUCCCAGCCAGCUUAAUUACCAUAAAACUGUUCAUACAAAUCAAAAACCAUUUGCUUGUGAAGAAUGUGGGAAGUCCUUCAAGCAUGUCUCCAGCCUUGUUGAACAUAGGAUUAUCCAUGCUGGUGUGAAACCAUAUGAAUGUAAUGAGUGUGGAAAAGCUUUUAAUCAUCACUCAAACCUCAAGCAACAUCAAAAAAUUCAUUCUGGAGAGAGACCCUUUGAGUGUAAGGACUGUGGAAAGGGCUUCACUGUUCUGGCUCAGCUCACUCGGCACCAGAGCAUUCAUACUGGAGAGAAAUCAUUUGAAUGUGAGCAGUGUGGGUCCAGUUUCUGACUUAAGUCCCAACUCAAUCAACA